UGUUUAAAGAAGCCAAAAACUCUACUCGAUUUCAGAAGCUGUUCUUUUUCCAGCCCUAACUCUUCACUCGUUGAGAAGCAGAAGAAGUCGACUGACGAUGAUGACAAUAUUCUCCCAUCGAUUCAUCUCUGAUCCUUCCAUGUUUUAGACCUCCCCAAACUCGAUCUCUCUUUCGUAGGGUUUUCACUUCAUCUGCCUUCACAUCUCGAGGUGUUCAUUGCAUAUUAAAGCAAGCACUUUUAAGUAAUCACAUUCCAUUCAAGUUAGAUUGAGCAAGCACGUGCUGGUUUAUAGUGACCUAAGGAGAGAUGCAGAAUCAAGAGGGGCUCCAAGCUGAUGCAGAAAUGGCAUCCAUAACACCCAUUCAAGCAACCGAGGUUGAAGAUUGGGCAAAUUUUAGGGAUGAUGAUAUCAUGCAGCAGCAAUCUGCAAUUCGGGCUGUGGAAGCUGAGAAGAUUCCCUUAGUAGGUGAUAAGGAACCUCUAUCUUCGUUGGCUGCUGAGUAUCAGUCAGGAAGCCCUAUUUUGCUGGAGAAAAUAAAGGUGCUUAGCGAACAAUUUGAUGCCAUCAGGCGGACAAGGGGAGAUGGUAACUGCUUCUUUCGAAGCUUUAUGUUCUCAUACCUGGAGCAUAUUUUGGAAUCACAAGACCGAGAAGAAGUUAAUCGCAUUACAGGCAAUGUGGAAAAUUGCAGAAAGACACUUCAGAGUUUGGGAUAUGCAGACUUUACCUUUGAAGAUUUUUUUGCAUUAUUUCUUGAGCAGCUGGAAAGUGUUCUUCAAGGAAAUGAGGCAUCUAUAAGUUCUGGUUUCAGUCAUGAUGAACUUAUGCAGAGGAGUCGAGAUCAGUCAAUAUCGGACUACGUUGUAAUGUUCUUCAGAUUUGUUACGUCUGGUGAAAUUCGAAAACGCUCAGAGUUCUUUGAGCCAUUUAUUUUGGGAUUAACAAAUACAACAGUGGAGCAGUUUUGCAAGUCAUCUGUGGAACCAAUGGGCGAAGAGAGUGAUCAUGUGCACAUUACUGCCGUGUCAGACGCAUUGGGUGUGCCAAUCCGUGUUGUAUACCUCGACCGCAGCUCGUGUGAUACUGGUUGCUGUCGUGUUAAAUCACUCACGAUUUCAUUCUCCUGCUAUUCAGUGAUCCCCCAUUGUACUAGUGGUGGUUCCGAGACCAAACCAUUUAUUAACUUGCUAUACAGACCGGGUCACUAUGACAUUCUCUAUCCCAAGUGAUGUACUCUGGCCUGUCCUGGUUAUUUAUUGCCAGUGAACAUUUGAAAGAAUGUGUUGGUCCAGAAAAUGGGGGCCUUAAGGUAGACCUGUUGUUUGCAGAACAUCGUGAACUCCUCCAUUUGAUUUAAAUUUGAUACAGAUGACUUGUGAAGUACUUGGUUUGGUUGAGUGGGUCAGAUUUAGAUUUCGGUUCAGGCUGGAUUUGAAUCAUCUGAAAUUUCUGGAUAAUGAUGACUUUCUGAAAUAAAAAUAUCUACUCUCUUGGACAUGUAUGUAUCUGUGUGUGUGUGUGUGUGUGUGAGAAUAAGCUCUUUUGUUGAAGGCUUUACAUUGCCUUCAUUUACAACAAGAAAAACAAGUUCAACGGCCCUUUUAUGAAUAGAAGUAUUGAUAUGGCAAAGCAA